ACAUAAGUUAAACUAACAAUGCCUUUGUGAUGGUCUCUAGAGGUCUUCAUUAGAGCUUGACAGUGACUUUUUCUAUACCAUUCCAUACCACUGAGACUAGUCCAUAGUGACACUAAGUGGCAGAAGAGCAUUACUGCAGCACAAAGACUGAGGACAUGCUGUACAGAACAGGCAGAACACCAAACGAAGUGGGUGGGGAGGAUGUUGCCUAGAUACCAGACCCACUGUAUGUGGGAGAAACACUAAAAUACUACUGAAUGCUUGGUUUAUCUGAGAACACUAACGCAGUCCAUUGAUGACAAUUGUCAAAAACAAUAAUCAAGCUUAGACUACCUAAUAACACACUCAACAUGCAAUGUUAAUAACAAUGUUAAAUCGAAAGAACUGUUAUGCUCUAUGAGGUAACACCCCAAAAAUAUGGCAUUCUGUAGCAAGUCUAAUGGAAAUAGUAAUACUCUAAUUUAUAGUGUCAGCCUUACUUGACCCCAAACUUUCCACUGAUGUUCAUCAUCUUCUUUUUCCACCUUACUGAAUGUGCCAAGACUACUCCUCAGGUGUACAUGAAAGAGACAGCUUUAAAUGGUUUCAUUAAGAGAGGUACUGACACAAAGCUUAGUGAAGAAUGGUACUGGUGAUGUCAGUAUCCAAAACAGCUAUAUCUGUAGUCUUACCCACCAUGGCCUGUGGAUAGCAUUCAACUGCAUACUUACCUUCAUUCUGCAUCUGUAGACUUAGGAUGGAAUGUUUAAUGAAUUGUGGCUUUAAUGCUUUAAUGUGAUCUGAACAAGAAUAACAAAUUGCUUGGGGUCUUUGCAAAUACACCUUUUUACAACCCAGUCUCAUAGCGAAAACACUUUUGCGUGCAACUUAUUUGCAGCACCUUCUAUACUCUAUAUUCUGACUAUCAACGUUCUGUAACAAGCACACAUUAACAUCAACAUAUCAAACUUCUACUCGAAUGCUCUGUAUGUCACGUUCUGCACCAAUGGAAUUUAACCAAGCUAACCUCUACCACUACACUAAAACCACUACAAUAAAAUUGAUAUGGAAUAAAUAAUUUUUUCACAACAUAUAAUUAGACUCACCGGGCUCAUUAAUAAACCUAACUUCUCUUGUCAGGAAACUUGGAGAAGUAUUCAGGGUGUAAACUCUUUAGGCUAUAGAAACAGCAGAGACUUUCUGCAUUUUGAAAAUACCCGCGUUACACUACUGCGUUACCACGUGACUUGCAAUUGCGUUUGCAGAGAACUUUCAUGAUCCCAGUGAAUGUCAGGGUAAGUUGUUAAAAACACAAACAUUACGCAUGAAGUGGACAGCGUUCAGUAUGUUUAAAAAGAGGUCAAACUAUUUAUUCCGUAUCAGUCUUAUUCAAAUAAUGUAGAUGCAGAGGCUAGCAGGGUUAAAUUGGGUAAACUGCAAUACAGAGUAUUCGAGUGAAUGUCGAUAUGCAACCUGUGCUUGCGACAGAACGUUAAUAUUCGUCGUAUAGCGCGUGCUGCUUUUUUUUUUUUUUUUAAUGUAUUGUAAUACCUAUAGCACAGGCCUGCCUCUUAAAACAGUACUGGAAUUCGUCAGUUCGGUAAAGAAUAUGGCUGCGGUGUGGCCAGGAUCACAUUGCAUUUAUAUAGUUUCUCUUGUCAAAGCCUGUAGUUCUGGAGUCUUAUCUGGACAUCAUCAAUUUCCCAUCAGGAUGUCUCUCAGACUAAAGAGCACUGGAUUAGCACCCAAAGUAAACAUUAUCAAAUGCAUUCAUCAUGAAAAGCAUAAAAUGCUUUGAUUCGUUAACACCCACCGCAGCUAACAGGAUGUGCAUCGUACCCCUGCAUGCAGCUCGCACUAAAGCAGCCAUAAGAAUCAGCAGGUGUGCAGUGCCCUUUCAAUUUAUUGCAAACGUACACCUUAAAAAUAGAAACACUAAAACUGACAGUAUGACAAAUCCCCGUAGAUAAUAAUUACAUGAUGAAAAAGGCUGAAUUAUGGCUCGAGCGCGGUUUUGCGUAUUUUUCGAGUCCUGUGGCACCAAAUGCUCUUAAUGUGCAGCGAAAAGUUAAACCUUUACCUGUCGUCGUUACGUACUCGGGCGCCAUCUGCUGUUCAAACCUUAAUGCUGCAUCUCUGCGUUUUGGAAAUGUGCAGAAUUUGGCUCGACCUGCUGCGCCUUCAUCCCCUGGAGUCUUGGAACGCGAGAACUUCUUAUCGCGAGCUCCACGUUGCGUGUCAGUGACCGGUAACAAACAACAUUGUCUCGGACAGGACUGUUUACACGCGACGGACGGCGCGAGGCAGGAGGUGGUCCGUGGCGGUGGAUAUAUAAACACACUCCCGCAGGCAGGUGAAGGUUUUACAGCAGAUCAGCUCAAGCGGAAUACUUAAAGCGUCCCAUCAAUCCGCGUCACAGUAACGUAAAAGAAGGUAACACUGUUACAAGCUAAUGCUUUUUAGUCAUUACUUUUUGCGUUCAGACAUAAAUCGGACUAAAAAGACCUGAGAUUAUUUCUUUAUCAUGGAAUUACGGAUUAUUUUCCCCAUGUUGUCUGUGCUUUCUUCAGGAAUCUUUCACACAGCUGUACCGGUGUCUUUGGGCGAAGCAGCAGCGGCUUCAGUCAGCACGCGCCUCUCCAGACCCAAGCGAUGCUCGUGCGCCACUUUUCUGGAUAAAGAAUGCGUGUAUUUCUGCCACCUGGACAUCAUCUGGGUCAACACUCCAGAGCGCACUGUAUCUUAUGGACUUGGCAAUGCGUCCCGCAAGAAGCGCUCAGCGCAAGAAAUGUCUCGCGCCGCCGAGCUCCCGCGCUGCGAGUGCGCAGAGAGCACCGACGGCACGUGCGUGUCGUUCUGUCACACACGCAACCCGCUAAGGCGUAAGGCAGCGCGUGACAAGGUGAUCCCUACCGCCGGCGGCCAUGACUGUGCCGAAAAGAAGUGCAAAUACGACCUGGCAGCCAAGACGUCUGGGAUUAAAAGGGAUAGUGAAAGAGCUUCACCCUCAGUUGCAAGGGCCACCAGGCAGCUUCAGCUGCUCCUGAAGAUAUGGAGAAUGAAGUUGUCCCACAUUGCGCAAGAUUGGGCUGCUGAAAAUGUCGCCUCCUAGGGACAGACACAUAGCUCAGGACUUUACAAGCCACACUGAGAAAGGGACUUUCUAAGUGGAGACACCCUUCUCCUGAAGCUGCCAAUGAGUGAUCAUAUGCCACAUAUUCGCUGAGAUGUGCUGGAACCUUCACACACAGAGGCCCUUGCAAAUAUGGCUCCUGUGGUGAGAGUGUUUUCACUGGGAAGCUUUCGACUUUGUGGAUAAGUUUCAGAGGGAAACAAAAACAAGGACCUCUUUGAAAUAAUGAAGUUGAACUCACUUUUAUUGCUUACGGCAUAACUAGUUGUGGAAACAUAUGUAUUUGAAUUGGGAUUUUUUUUUUAUAGCAGGAACAGUCAAGUGCUACAUACACACACAGUGCAGAAGUGUGUCUGGUAACAUAUACAGAAUGCUAUGAACAAUGCCAAUUAAGAAAAUUAGCAGGAUAUUUAUUUCGCUACAAUAUGGGAUACUUUUUUAAAAUCAUCUUUAGCAUGUUCAGUUCUUUUUACAAGCUGUAUACUGAUGUAGCUGAAACUAUAAUCAAUGCAAAUGGGUAUUUAUUAAAGCAUUUAUGUUAAAUGAAUGCAUUUAAAAUCAAGCCAUAUUGGCCCAAGUGAUUGUCAUAUUUCUAUGAAAUGCUGUCAUAUUGUAGCCACACUUGUGGUCUGCAUUAU